AUGUCUGUGCUUGAUCGUGAGCGUACCCAAAGAACCAGUUUGGAGCGUCAAUUGGCUGAUCAUCAAAAGACUAGUGAUCAGCAGCGCCAGCAGCUUGAAGUGGAAUUGACUCAGACGAAGCAGCAGAUUAAGACACUGGCAGAACAAAUUGCGAUCCAGCAGAAUCAACUUAAGGAUAAAGCGAAGACAGUGGAUAAUCCUCAAAAAAGAGGACAAAUAGGAAAGAUAGCGGGUAAAUCUGAUAUUUUAUCACAAUUAGCCAUAUUACUAAGUAGUUAA